AUGACUUCUAACUCGCGGCCCGCGGUGAACUCUCGGCCGGAGGCCGCACACUCCUCACUCCCAGGGCUUCAUAUCGACCUCCCCAACUCGCCCAUGCGCCGGAGUGCCAGGGGUCAGCGAAACUUAGCCGCGGAAACGGAACCGAGUAAAAAGUUUCCGGUAAUAGCGAGCGCGGGAAAUAGUGCCGCUGCGAGUCCACUGAACGCUGGAGAAUUAGGGAAACAAAUGGCGGCGACGGAAGCGAGCUACAAAAUAUCCUCCCGGGCGUUGAUGAACGCAAAAGGUCUCCGAAACGUGCGCAGCAUUUCGUGUAUGGAGAUGGGGGCUGUCGAGAGCUCCCCGGAUGCGUCGACGAAGGAGAUGGAAGGCGUGUAUGCGACGCUGUUGGAUUCACGCUCGCCAGGGGAGAAGGAAGGUCUUAAAACCACGGGCACUGGGACCCGCAAAAAGGAAGCGUCCCCCGAUUCAGUGAAGCGGAGCCCUGUUCUUAGUUCUGGUUCCCCCGUUUCACCCGCGGCGCCGCGGUUGGAGGACGCGGGGGAGCCAAACGCAAUAUCGCUAGAAGGGAUGCUGCGUGAGGCCUCAAAAAUUUACGGCAUUCGCCUGAGGUGGAUUCUCUAUGGUGCCGUAUUACUGACUGUGAUAAUUUUCUUUCUCUUGCUUGGGGAAUUUCAUACCCUCGUGAAGGAAAAUGUUGUUGUUCCAGAAGAGGAAACCGUGGAGGUCGCAUUGGCCACCGCCGUCAAUCAACUGGAGUGGCUGCAGCACAGUGUGGGGGACACGUUGCGUGGUUUCGAAGUGGCGCGGGGAGUUUCGCAGGAUGUCUUGGCCCGCGCCCUUGAAUUUCUUUGCGGAACCAUCGGUGGAGCCCCGUUGGUGUUUGCAACCUACGGCGGCCGCAUGGGUGCGCCGCUGAAAGAGUAUUACGCCUGCCCCACAUCCGCCGCCGCCCAGGUUAAGGCUCCCCUCUCGAUCAAUGCCCCACAGGAGCUGCCGAAGGGAUCCCCAUGCAUGGCUGUCUACAGUUCGGAUUAUAUUAUCGCCAUGACAAAUUCAACAGCUGGGUCCGACGUGCUUGCGGUUAUCCUGCAAAAGGAGCCUCUGGGACGGCUGUUGGUUGCAAACUCUAUGCCAGCCUACAGUGCGUUGACGUUGAAGCGCCACGCUAUCGCCUUCCUUCUGCCAGAGUUUGCCUCAUCAAACCUUGUCGUCGCUAUGCACAGCUUAGACCAAACCUACACGAGCUACGCCGUGGCGCAGCCAACCCCACUGGCUCGAACCUUGCGGGACGAAUUCAACCGUGUCUGUGCUGCUGGAAAAGCUCACACGUGGCAUACUGUCGUGCGCCCCGACGUGAACGCCCCACGCGCGUGGAAGUAUGAUCCUAAUGCCUCCCACACUGCGAUGCCUGGCGCCCACGUGGAGUAUAGGGGGAUCUGGAGUAGUGUAUCACGCGUGGUUGCUUGUGGUGCUGUGUGUUCGCACCCAGAGGAAAAGGAGUGCACCGCUACGAACCCCACGGGCGCCUGGUUCAUCGUCGAUGACUCUCCAGUGAACCCAAAAACUGAAGUGGCGUUGACUGCUGUUUCGAUCGUCAGUGCUUUCGCCUUGUUUUUAAUCGUGGCGACGUUGAUCGUCGCGUACGUGAGCAUCAGCGCCCCUCUGCACCACCUGACCUCACUCAUCCUCAACACGAUGGGGGACAAGCAGAAGAGGGCGAGGCAGCAGCACUGGGUAUUUCACUGCACGCGAUGUUUUUGGGCAGGGGACCUGCAAGCGUUGGUGCGAACGUUUCAGUUGCUUUCCUUUUGCUUCCGCUUUAACAAGAAGUACGUUCCGCAGCACGUGCUUGAGCAGCAGUUGCGUGCCUUGCGGAAGCGAAAGGAUUAUUUGUGGCGGACCAUCGUGGUGGGGAUUGACUCGGACGAAGAGAAGUACGAAGAUGAAGAGGAGGAUAACUCGGACACCGGCGCGAGCGAUCCGGUGGAUAUGGAGGCCUUCGUCAAGACCGUUUCCGUGGCGGAAAGGGCUGCAGCCAUGGGCCAGUUAAGCAAACCCCAACGGUUGCCGACACGCGAGAGCAGCAUGUACGGCACGACUUCCCCCGGCACGGAAACCUGCGCGGAAGCUGGAAGCGUGGUCGCGGGCCACAACGGCAUCGAUUUGGGCAGAAGCGGUAUGAGUCUGGUGGAAAGCGCCACAGUCCUUGUCGUCCGUCUCUGUGCCGUGGAGUUGGCGUACUUCACCAAUUACAGGGCUGCCCUGAAGCCACAUCGCCGAAUCAUGAAUUUGCUUCUUGGACGUAUUCGUCGCUACCGCGGAGAGUUAUUUGAGCACUCCGGGGACUGCAUUGCGGCCGCGUGGAACGCCUUUGAAAGCCUUGCGGAUCACACCGAGCGAGCCGCCGCGUGUGCGUUAAGCAUCGCCAGGAUGCUGUCAGUCUACCGUGAGGCUGGCUUUCGCGUGGGCAUCGUUCUGCAUCAGGGCCCAUUUGUCUGUGGUGUGGUGGAGGACAACAAGGAGGCCUUCACGACCGUUUUUGGCACCGUGCCCCGUCAAGCCAUGGCGCUUGCCGAAUUGGCCUCUUCCCUUCCCUACUUUAGCGUCCUUGUGUCGGAGCCGGUGAAGCAGUCGCUGGCAUCCCGCUAUGAAUGCAUCAUGGUGGAUGUGAUAAAGUACCACGUGGAGGACAAUCCCAUCGUGAUGUUUGAGCUUCACGAGGAGCGGCGAGCGCCCCUGGUAAAGGGGACACCGUUGGCGUCUUCGGCAUUUGCGGAGGAGCACGCGCGCGUGUUUUUUGACUUUAGAAACCACGAUUUCACGCGUGCCAUGAAGGGUAUUGGGCAACUGCGCACUCGCUUCCCUGGACGCGGGCGUCGGUUGCUGGACCGAAUUGAGAUGCUCUGCAAGUACUACAUGCAACACGCAAAUGAGCUGCCGAUGCCGUACUUUCGUUCGUACCCCACCUGGCCAAUCUUUGAGGCCAUUGCGUACACGGAGUGGCCGCAUGAAAUGUGCCCACAGAGCAGCAAGGAUGAUUUAUUGUCAGACGCGCUGCAGAUCCCGCGGCACCCCAAGUCGAUUUAUGAAGAUGACACUGUGAAUUUCCGCCAGGAGCUGCACGACAACGUCCUAGCCUCCAGGCGAACACACAGCUCUUCCCCCACGACGAAGGCCAUCAGCCAUGCGUCUCCGAAAACUGCGGGAACAGGUAGCAAGAGGUCGCCUCUUGCCUCCUCCAUAGCAAGGCCUACGCAGUCUCCGCCGCAUUCGCCGGCGCGUUUGGAAUUGGUGAAGGGAACCGGUGGGGAAGCAGCACAGGAAGAAUGCUGCGCCAAGCCUUUGGGGAACGCGGCGGCGCAUUGGCCGCAUGCGGAGCAAACCGAACACUCUGUUGGGGUCGGUAGUUGGAGGGAGUCGGAUGCGGUCGCGGAAGGCGAACUUGCGUAUGCAGGGGAGUCCGUGCUUUCCAUUCAUACCCCCACCAACGCCUUCGCCACGGCCAGCGUAUCCGAAGCUGGGAGUGAGGCGAAGGGUGGUGAGUCUUGCGGCGAGGACGAGGAUGGAACUGGGCGGCAGCGUUUUUCCUUCACCAACCGCAUGGGAACGGCCUACAAAGCGGGUCGCAGCUGCAGCUUCGUCCAUGGCACGGAUUCCUUCACCUCCGUCAACAGCGAAACGAUGGGGAACGCCCCCACGCUUUCCUUUGGUGACAUUGGUGGGUCCUUCACCAAGGCGACGUCUGAGAUCCCGACGGAGAUUGUCGCGAAGAACGGCAUCACCUACCUCCGCAGCUCCCGCAUCCUUGGCAGAGGCUCGUUUGGGUGUGUCUACCUUGGCAUGGAUAUUCUCAGCGGUCGCAUGGUCGCCAUCAAGUUUCUGCCGCUCCCCUCGGAGGAGGAGGAGAUCGCCAACGUGGAGAGGGAGGUGGUGACGAUGCAACAGGUCAAGAGUAACCAGGUGGUGGAGUUUAUUUCGUAUGCCUUCAAUAGCAAUCUUAUUAUUAUAGUCAUGGAAUGUAUGCUGGCGGGUUCUCUGCAGGGAAUUCUUUCCGCCUUUGGUAGCAUCCCAGGCACAACGGCUCGUCUCUUUAUUAGAGAUGUCCUGCGUGGUCUUCACAAGUUGCACGCAUCGGGGGUUAUACACCGUGACGUGAAACCGCAAAAUGUGCUUCUCACGCUUGCCGGCAACUGCAAGAUCUCGGACUUUGGGGCCUCGGCCCUCCUGCUGGAGCUCGUCCGCCGGCAAAGGGAGGGUAAGGGGCUUCAGGUGCUGGGGACACCCGUGUACUUGGCGCCCGAGUCGGCGCGAGGCACACCGGAGGAGAAGAGCGACAUCUGGAGCUGCGGCAUCAUGUUCAUUCAGCUUUUGACGGGCAGCUUGCCGUAUGAAAAGCAAUUUCUGGAGAUGCCGCCGGAGGUUCUCGUUUUUCAGAUUGGCAGUGGCGCGGCGAAGCCCAUCAUUCCUGACACCCUUGACGAGUUCGACGCCGAGUUCGUCGGCAACUGCCUAAAGGCAGACCCGAAGGAACGUCUUUCGGCCCAGCGCCUGCUGGAGCUACCGCUCUUCGCGCUGUAG